AGCUCCAAACUGCGGUUGUGGGGUGAGGACGAAUUUGGGAAGAGGGAAUCCCCCGGCUGGUCGUAGUGUUGCUCUUGCCCCAUCCCUUACAGCCCUUCCUUUUUCUUGCAGCUGCUGCUACUCGCUACGACUCUCCGCACCAGUUCGGUGCAAAGACUCUGUGAUAAGAUGUCAACCCUCAGGGUUCGAGCAAAGAAAAAGGCAGCUUCAUUUGACCAGUCUUCAGAUAGUCUUCCUUUGAGGAGUUCCGGGAGGCAGGUGAAGAAAAAAGUGGCAGAAGUAGUACCAGAUGAUGAUGAUGAUGCCUCAUCUGAGAAGAAAUAUAGAAAAUGUGAAAAGGCUGGGUGCACAGCAACUUGUCCAGUUUGCUUCUCAAGUGCUGCUGAAAGAUGUGCAAAAAAUGGUUAUACAUCUCGAUGGUAUCACCUAUCCUGUGGGGAACAUUUUUGCAAUGAAUGCUUUGACCAUUACUACCGGAGUCACAAAGAUGGGUAUGAAAAAUAUGCUGCUUGGAAAAGGAUAUGGACUAGUAAUGGGAAAUGUGAGCCUAGUCCCAAAGCUUUUAUGGCUGAUCAACAACUUCCAUAUUGGGUUCAGUGCACAAAACCUGACUGUGGAAAAUGGAGACAGCUUACAAAGGAAAUUCAGCUUACGUCACAAAUGGCACAGACGUAUCGCUGUGGUACCAAACCAAACACCUCAGUUAAGAUGGAGGGCUCAGACCAGUGCUCCCAACCAGAAGAUCUAAGGGUCGCUGAAGUGUCUAAUCAUUGGUGGUAUUCCAUGCUUAUCCUUCCUCCCUUUCUGAAAGAUAGCAUGGCUGCCCCUUUACUCUCUGCCUAUUAUCCUGACUGUGUGGGCAUGAGUCCCUCCUGCACCAGCACCAACCGUGAAGCCAGCCCUGAAAAAGUGGAGCACUGCAAGGCUGUUUCAGGUGUGUUUGUUCCCGGGAUGAACCAGUACUUCCAGCCUUUCUACCAGCCCAAUGAAUGUGGAAAAGCUCUCUGUGUGAGACCAGAUGUGAUGGAACUAGAUGAGCUCUAUGAGUUCCCAGAAUACUCACGUGACCCCACCAUGUAUUUGGCUUUGAGAAACCUUAUUCUUGCUCUGUGGUAUACGAAUUGCAAAGAAGCACUUACUCCUCAGAAAUGCACUCAUCACAUUAUUGUCCGAGGCCUUGUGCGCAUUAGAUGUGUUCAGGAAGCGGAAAGAAUACUUUAUUUUAUGACAAGAAAAGGUCUGAUCAAUACUGGGGUUUUGUCUGUCAGUCCUGACCGUCAUCUUCUCCCAAAAGACUAUCACAAUAAAUCAGUUAUCAUUGUUGGGGCUGGUCCAUCAGGAUUAGCAGCUGCUAGACAAUUGCACAAUUUUGGAAUUAAGGUGAUCAUCCUAGAAGCCAAAGACAGGAUUGGUGGUCGAGUCUGGGAUGACAAAUCCUUUAAAGGAGUCACAGUCGGAAGAGGAGCUCAGAUUGUCAAUGGCUGUAUAAACAACCCUAUAGCCCUAAUGUGUGAGCAACUUGGUAUCCAAAUGCACAGACUUGGAGAAAGAUGCGACUUGAUCCAGGAAAGUGGAAGAAUCACUGACCCCACUAUUGAUAAGCGCAUGGACUUUCACUUUAAUGCCAUUUUGGAUGUUGUUUCUGAGUGGAGGAAAGACAAAACUCAGUUACAAGAUGUUCCUUUAGGAGAAAAGAUCCAGGAAAUCUACAAGGCCUUUAUUCAGGAAUCUGGCAUCCAGUUUAAUGAACUAGAAGAGCAAGUGCUUCAGUUCCAUCUUAGCAACUUGGAAUAUGCAUGUGGCAGCAACCUAAAUCAGGUAUCUGCUCGUUCAUGGGACCACAAUGAGUUCUUUGCUCAGUUUGCUGGUGAUCACACACUUCUGACUCCAGGGUAUUCUGUAAUAAUUGAGAAGCUGGCUGAAGGACUGGAUAUUCGACUUAAAUUUCCAGUUCGGACCAUUGACUAUUCUGGGGAUGAUGUCCAAGUCACUACCAUAGAUGGGACAGUUUGGGCAGCACAAAAGGUCUUAGUCACUGUACCUUUGUCCUUGCUCCAGAAAGGUGCUAUUCAGUUUAACCCACCAUUGCCUGAGAGGAAAACAAAAGCCAUCAAUAGUUUAGGAGCAGGAAUCAUUGAAAAGAUUGCCUUGGAAUUUCCUUAUAGAUUUUGGGACAGUAAGAUUCAAGGAGCUGAUUUUUUUGGCCAUGUUCCUCCUUGUUCCAGUAAGCGUGGCCUCUUUGCUGUAUUUUAUGAUAUGGAUCCUCAGGGUAAAUAUAGUGUUUUGAUGUCAGUCAUUACUGGAGAGGCUGUAGCAUCCAUUAAGAACCUGGAUGAUAAACAAGUCCUACAACAGUGUAUGGCCACACUCCGGGAACUAUUCAAAGAGCAGGAAAUACCAGACCCAGUAAACUUCUUUGUUACUCGGUGGAACACAGAGCCAUGGAUCCAGAUGGCAUAUAGUUUUGUAAAGACAGGUGGAAGUGGUGAAGCUUAUGAUAUCCUAGCAGAAGACAUACAAGGCACUAUAUUUUUCGCUGGUGAGGCAACAAAUAGGCACUUUCCACAAACAGUCACAGGGGCAUACCUGAGUGGUGUACGAGAAGCAAGCAAGAUAGCAGCAUUUUAAUUCUAUUUUUCUCUGAACCCAACUCCUUCUCCUAAUGGACAGACAUUGCAAACAAAGAUGGACACUGUGUUUCAACUGAUUUUUCUUAAAACUUUGGAUAUCAGAAAUUGAAAAAUUUCUAUUGUGAUGUAUUGAUGUUUGUUUAGCACUAAAUAUGGAAGCACUAGCCACAGAAAAAUAUUAGCACUUAUAUUUGACUUUUUCCUCUUAACUAGCUCACAUUAUGCCUAUAGCCUUUUGUAUUUCAGACAAUAAGGCUAUGGACAUUUAAUGACCUUGUGUCUUAAAGUAAGGUUCAUGGUUGGAGACUUACUUAAAAUUUGUUUCAUCCAGUGUGUCACCUUCAAAAAAUGAAAAAUUAAAGGAACCACUGAACCACCUAGAUGUAGCCAUGAAUCUAAAUCGUGAAAAUUCAUCCUCUUUACCACAUGAGCCUUAAGACUUUUGUAUGUCCCUAAAACUAAACUUUUAUUUAUAGCUCGGAUAACAGAAACGGCAUUAUGCAGAUCUUUGCUUUAAUCAAAGAUAAGCCGAAACUUUGAAACUAUUUUUUGUACUGUACAUAUUUCUUCCUGUUAGCUACUUGGAGGGUAUUUAAAUUUUAGAAAUCUUUUAUGAUAAAACAUUUUUGAUUUGUUCAGUCAUAUUUGUAAGAGAGUCAAAAGUAAUCUCUUCUCAAAAGUAAAUUUCUCAAACCAUUGAAUUGCUUAGGAAAUUAGCCUAAAUAACUGAGAAUCGGAAAUAAACUUUAUUUAGUUUUGUAUUAAAGUGGCAUUAAAAAGGCUCUUUUUUUUGAAGCCAACUUCAUGGUAAAGAUACUUGAAAUGUCCUUAAGAAUGGCAAUCACUAUUGAAGAUUUGAGAAAAUAAUUUUGUAAAAUUUAGAAAAGACUUUUACUAGAAAUAAGACACAAAUAACUGGAAUAUAUCUAAUAAUAGAUCUCUGCUCAGAGUAUUCCAUAGGCAGGUCCAGUGGAAAGUUACAGAAAAAUGUCAGAAUUUCCUAAUCUCCCCCCAUUUUAGAUUUAACCCCAUCCUAUACAUACACAUAUACACACACAUAUACACAUACAUACACAUGCAAGCACACAUGCACCUAGAAACAAUACUUAAUUUGAUUACACAUUGCUUGGUGUAAUGUUACUUUAAAAUAAUAUUUUCAUGAGACCUUGUGACCAGUGAAAGCUAUUGUAUUAUUUGUGUUCAAAUGAUGUCCCAUUGUGAAUACAGUUUAAUCACAGUCUCCAAUGUAAAAUGUCUGGGAAUAUUUAUAACUACUUGUUUUUUCUAAUCCAAAGACAGCAAUUUAUCUUACUUUUUCAGUGAGUUAAAAAUUGAACCUUAAGGAUAUAACCUAAACAUUUCUGUUUAAUAUUCAGAUCCAAGUCAACCAUAUCACUAACACAAUUAUCUACCUACAUAUGAGGAAAAAUUUUUUGAAUUAAAACAAACAAAAAAAACCCAAACAGGUUCAAGCAUAUUCCCAGAGUAGGCUGAAAAAAACCCCAACACUUAAAUUUCAGAAUUACUAUUAAAAUUUUUCUUUAAGAGAACAUUGGUAUUAGUUGGACUGUUACACCUUUAACUAUUUGAACAUAUUAAAGAUAUGGCAAGAGUAAAAUUAUCAGUGCAAAGCAUCAAGGUUGAAUGAUACAUAUACAUACACACAGACACACAUCCUCACAACUAAAUUAUGUCAGUAUAUGAGAAUAUUUAAAAACUGUACUUUUAAGUUCUGGGGAAAAACAUACCUACAUGAAAAAUUCUAGUAAAUGUUUAUAUUUUAAAACAUUCAGUGUUUCAGAAACUAAUAGUCUCUGGUUUGAGGCUUUAUUAUUUAACAGGCCACAAUAUUCUUUUUCUCAAUCUUGGGACUUGAAUGUGCAUGUCUUUCCAUUUUGUCUACAAAGACUUGUAAAUAUACAAUGAACCUUUUUUUUUUUUUUAAAGUAUAUUGUUUGAAUGCAGAGCAUGAUCUCUUGUGUGACUAUGUUAAAGAUGCGUAAUAAAACUGGAAAUGUCUGCUUUUUUUUGGUAAAA